AUUUAACGCGUCGCGCGUGUGCUGCACCACGGGCGGGCAUCUUUUCAUGCAAGCACUCGGGUUGAACUCCAACUUUUCUCUCCCGCAAUUGCGACGGCAGUCCACAGCGACCCUCCAGCAUCUUCAUUCAUCAACCCAAUCUUAGGCUUCAAGAUGUCGAUGGAGAGCUUCGACAACAUCUACUUGGACCUGUCCAAGGAGAGCGGCAAAUGCCGGUUCUCCGACGCCGGUCUCGGUUGGAAGCCCGCGGGCGGCGGUGAUGCAGUCACUCUCGAAUCGAGCAAUAUCGCAGGCGCACACUGGAGUAGAGCUUCGAAGGGCUACGAGGUCAAAAUUCUACAGCGAAAUUCCGAGGUGAUGCAGCUUGACGGCUUCCAACAAGAGGAUCACGAGCGAUUGACCCGGAUCUUCAAGAACUGGUAUGGUCACGCCCUCGACACCAAGGACCACUCUCUGCGGGGCUGGAACUGGGGCAAGGCCGAGUUCACGAAGGGCGAGCUCACAUUCAGCGUCCAAAACCGACCAGCCUUCGAAAUCCCUUAUUCAGAGAUUGCCAACACCAACCUGGCAGGCCGAAACGAGAUCGCUGUCGAGCUCGCCAACAAUGACGGGGAGAAGGCCAACGGCACUGCCACCAAGGGCCGCAAGGCAGCCGCAGGGAUGGACCAGAUGGUCGAGAUGCGGUUCUACAUCCCAGGAACAACGACAAAGAAGGAGGCCGAGGGCGAGGAGGCUGGUAGUGACGCCGACGAGGAGGAGGUCCAAGCUGCUCAGCUGUUCUAUCAGACCCUGCUGGACAAGGCGGACAUCGGCGACACGGCUGGCGACACCGUCGCCACCUUCCAGGACGUCCUGCACCUUACGCCCAGAGGCCGUUUCGACAUCGACAUGUACCUCUCGUCCUUCCGACUUCGCGGCAAGACAUAUGACUACAAGGUGCAGUACGAUGCUGUCAAGAAGUUCAUGGUCCUCCCUAAGCCGGACGACGUCCACUUCCUUCUCACUAUCGGCCUGGAUCCUCCUCUACGCCAGGGGCAGACGCGGUAUCCUUUUGUUGUGAUGCAGUUCAAGCGGGACGACGAGAGCACCAUCGAUCUCAACAUGAGCGAGGAAAUGCGUAAGGAGCAGUAUGAUGGUAAACUCGAGUCGCACUACGAGGAGCCUAUGCACCAGGUGGUGACCAAGAUCUUCCGGGGUCUGUCUAACAAAAAGGUUUCCACGCCAGCCAAGGACUUCGAGACCCACCGCCAACAGCAGGCGAUCAAGUGCUCCAUCAAGGCUAGCGAGGGCUUCCUCUACCUGUUGGAGAAGGCCUUCAUGUUCGUGCCAAAACCGGCCACCUACAUUUCCUACGAGCAGACACAGUCUGUCACGUUCUCCCGUGUCAGCGGCGCCGUGUCGGCUCUUUCUACCUUUGACAUCACAGUACAGAUGAAGGGGGCCGGGUCGCAGCAAUUCAGCAACAUUAAUCGGGACGAUCUGAAGGCACUCGAGUCAUUCUUCAAGCUCAAGGGCCUGCGUGUCAAGAAUGAGAUCGACGAGGAUGAGAAGCUGCUCAAGCAGGCGCUGCGUGCACAGGAGCUGAGCUCGGACGAGGAGGUUGUCGGCGGCGCGGCGGACCGCGGCUCAGCAGACGAGGACGAGGAGAGUGUUGACGAGGACUUUCACACUGAGUCAGAAUCCGACGUCGCAGAGGAGUUCGACUCGGACCAUGAGAGCUCCGGAUCCGGCAGUGGAUCGGAGGCGGACAGCGGGGUUGCCGAUGACGACGACGCGGGCGACGGUGAAGACGCAGGCUCGCCCCCCAAGAAGAAGAAGAAGACGGCCUAGGGCUGGUUGCGCUUUUGAGGAUUCGGGGAAGUCAGGGCCGGCGUUUUAUGGAUACAGUGACGGUUGCGAACCGUCCAGGGCAGCAUUGAGACCUUUAAUCGCUAUGGGGGACGUUUGUUUUUCUUCACCGUGGGCUUGCAUUGGUUUGCAAAGUUGACCAGUGGCCGUGUUCCCGCACGAGGCUAUCGGUGCCAGGGCAAAUAAGAUACUUUCCACGCUGCCAUUGCACCGUGAUCACAUGCACCAUAAAAUAAGCAUCACGAGUUCUUUUAUGGCGUCUUAAGCAACUUGCACUACAACCGCCCUAAUACUGACCCGCUGCGCGGAGAGCGGACCAGAAAUACAAAUAAUUCAAUUUGUUGCAGAGAA